ACUUGGCUAAUGAAUAUGACGUUAGUGAAGGCAUAGUAAGUGACAUUUUAAAGGAGAAAGACUGUUGGCUUUCUGUGAAUACCAAUUCAUACAAAGCCAAUUUGAAAUGUAAUAAGAAAACUCCAUUCCCUCUUAUUGAAGAAGCGAUA